AAGCUAGACUUUUAUACAAAUAUCAGACUAGACUACAAUACCGACUACAUAAUAGACAUAUGAAAAAUCUAUUAUAUAUCUUUAAAGAAUCAUAAGAAUUCUCUUUAAAUUCUUCUAAAAUUAUAUUAAAAUUACAAAUCUAAUGUACAUUUCUUUUUAUAUAAUUUCAUGUUUUUCAAAAAAAUGUUUUAAAUUAUAACACUCACUCACUUUUCCUCCAUAACAUUCACCCUAAAAUAUGUUAACGAAAAAUAUAUUUUAUUACCCAUAUUUAAUUCACAGUGAAGUACGACGUAAAUUUCCCAAAAUUGUUAAAUUGGAUGGCGAAGACUUGGAACCACAAAUCUUAUUCGAUGUCAAUGACACUUCGACUCUGCCCAAAGCACAGGCUUCAUUUUUAUGUGAUGCCUCAGGUGCUGAUAUAAUAAGACAAUUUUUGGAACAAUAUUUUAUGAUAUUCGAUAGUGAUAAUCGUCAGCCAUUACUGGAUGCUUAUCAUGAACAGGCUAUGAUGUCGAUAUCAGUGCCACCGGCCAGUCAGGCUGGAAGAUUACAUUCAUUUUGGAAAUUUAAUCGUAAUUUCCGUCGUAUUGUUAAUAAUGAGGAUGUAACGAAGAUACGACAAUUGAAGGUGGGACGUUUGGCAGUGGUCUCAACAUUGGCCGAGUGGCCUAAGACACAACAUGAUCCUCAAUCGUUUUCUGUGGAUUUGACUUUGUUUACGCCCAAACUAAUAGCCUUUACCGUUGCUGGUUUAUUCAAAGAAUUAGACUCUUCGAGCAACUCUGGCGGUGACAUACGUUAUUUCCAACGACAAUUUGUUAUUGUACCCGCUGGCGGUGGCUUUUGUAUACGCAAUGAAAUGAUUUUAGUAACAAGUGCAACUGGAGCGCAGGCACGCACAUUCCUUAAACCUCCAGCAGUUGUAAGCACAACACCAACAGCAGCCGGUACUGCUGGCGCCGCAGCCACAGUAACAAAUGCUGCUGCUGGUAGUUUACAAAAUCGUUUACAAAUGAAUCAACCCACGACAUCUGCUGCAGCUUUAAUGCCACCACCAGCUGAUGUUGCUCCCAGACAACCGGACGAAUCUAUGAAAAUGCAAAUGGUCCAAGCCAUGUGUGUUCAAAGUAAUAUGAAUGCCGAAUGGAGCAGAAAAUGUUUGGAGGAAACUAAUUGGGAUUAUAAUCAUGCCGCUUUUGUUUUUGAAAAAUUACAUAAGGAAUGUAAAAUACCCCCUGAGGCUUUUAUAAAAUAAUUUUAUUUAUUUUCUUUUAAUUAAAGUUAAUCCUUGAUUUUUCACUCUCUUUCUCGCCCCCGUAAUAUUAUUUAUCUGUAAUAACUUAAGAAUUUGGAAAAAAAACUUUUUUAAUAAUUUUGAAAGAAAUUUGAAACCAUUUUUCCCCCCAAAACAUAUCGCUUGAAUUAAUAAAUAGCUGUAAUUUUAUAUUAUUAUAUUUUUGACUUGGUUUUGCUUAUUAAAUAUUACUUUUUAUAUAUAUAUUCAUAAAGAAAUCUUAACAUAAACUUUAUUUAGUUUAUAAAUAUAGAAAAAAAAGCUGUUAG